CGCUCCAAGGUAAGACACGUGAACGGGGCUAUCCGCUGAGUCAUCCGUGCAAACGAACCGCUCCAGUAGCCACGAACGUUUUCAGCCUCGGCCCGGAAUUCACCAUCACCACCAGGAGAGAGAAACGCGAGCGAUCGAUGGCAGUUUUUUUCCAGCUGUUCGGUGCCGUCAGAGCGUCAAACGCGUUCUAACACUCACAUCGAACGGAGCGUUGUCGCGAUCGGUUUAUAGCACCAACGAGCUUUAUCACUUCGACGUGCACAUCUCACGUAGCAGAUAAGGAGGAGAUUUUCCUAACGUAACAAUAUGACGACUGAGGAAGUACAUGGAUGUCUGGGCGAUGUCUGUGAUUUGGGAAUUCAGGGAGCUGCCACCGUCUCUUCCAGUGUCUAUGGAGGAUUCUACUUUGGCUUCUGCUCGUUGAUCUCACACUUUCUACUGGCGGGCAUCACCGUGGCCGUUGUGUACAAGUGUCUAGUGAUGAAGCUGGAGCACACGGCGGGUCAUGCCUUCUACUGCACAAUCGCCUUUGUCUUCUUAAUGGGCGAAGCAUUGCUGGUGAGAAACAGCAAUUUUUUGGAAUCCUGGCUGGGACCACUGAACCUUAACCGUCUACAUGCUGCACUGGGCCUGUUGUCCUUUGUGGUCGGUGUUGGAGGCAUAGCCAUUAAGACGUUCCAGAAACUCGAGCGCAAACGAGAAGAUCCGAAUGCCACAGUUAGACAUUUUCGCAGCAAUCACGGCUUCUAUGGCAUUCUCGGCUGUGGUCUUUUGCUGGGCAGCGUUCUUAGUGGUCUUCCGCUGUAUUUCAUCAACGGCGGUGGUGGUGGUAGUGCCUUGGCCUUGAAACUACUUCAUCGAUUCUUCGGAUUGGCUGGAUUUAUCGCCCUAAUGGUGUCGCAAAUGUUCGGGUACAAUACCGGCUUCGGUCGGAGACAGUGGAAGCCACACCACCAGAAGCUGUUCAAGUUCUUUACAUUUAUCGCUACCGUAACAACUGUGAAUUACGAAUUUCGUACGUUUGCCCGGGAUAUUAUUGAACUUGCGGGGCAAUACAUUUAUGGUCCUGAGACAACAGCAGAAGCCAGAGUUGAUCUUUGAGCUUAUAGAAAUACUAUGGUUGUUGCUCUGGGGAAGCAUCGAUACCUCAUCAAAACGAGAGUUCCAAAAACAAGUAUUGUAGGUGUAUCGAAUACUGAAUGAAACCAUACAGGGUGUCACAGAAUCACUGUGGAUUCCGUAUCAACUGAUAUGCUAAGUAAUAGUAUAGAUCAUUUUGUAUUGCAUAAACAUAGAAACAUUUAAAAUUAAAUUUAAAUCAAUUGCUGUUUCUGUGGCACCUCUGAUAAGCUCAAAGCUCUGGAUAGCUGUGCAAAAAUAUUUGCACAGUUUCGUUAUCUAGUCCGUAAAGGUCUUAGGUGGCAUCAAUGUCAAUCAUGAUUUACUUAAAGCUAGUGUGGGGGGUUA